AUGGCAUCAAAAACUACGGCCACAUCUGCCAGCAGUUCUCCUGACAGCCCCGCCAAGGCGCGUGUGGCUAUUGAGGAGGAUGACAUCCGCAACGUUGUGGAGGGGGCAGCACACCGGCAGCUGUCGGAGGAGAGCUCGAGCUCAUUUUUGAGAAGCAACAAGAGGCACAAGAUCGCGGACGUGGUGUUGGCGGUCUCAGCGUACACCUUCAGUGGGCUCUUGCAUGUCCACGGUCAGAGUACGGCGCUCACAAGCCUGUCAAUGUGGGCGGCGGGUACUACCUACCUACUUAACAUGCAGGUGCGUAAGGUCUUUGACUUGGAGGAUGCGACGAGGCGGCGCGAGGUAGCAACAGAGAUGAACCUCCAGGAGAAGAACGUGUUUCAGCUUGAAAUGGUGGCUUCGUGGGUAUGGAUGCUCUCUUCAAUGCAGCAGUUCAAGCUGUACAAGCGCAUGAAGUACUGUGGCUAUAGCAGCUGGACGGGGCUGGGCUGCUGCAUGUACUUCACUCUGCGGCACAUGUACAGUGUGCUGCUGCUUGGCUAA